AUGAUCAAACAGCAAGCGAUACCGACCAAAAACACAAUAAGGGUCCUGGGAGUGCUCCUCGAUCGGAACCUAUCCCUCGAGCCGCACUUCCAACAGGUGAAGAAGGACUGUCGUAGUCGAUCCAACCUGAUGAAGACCAUCUCCCGCCCCCACCGAUCCAACAACCGUGAAAUCCGCUUCCGGGUAGCCCGAGCCAUCAUCGACAGUCGCCUAUUGUACGGCGUAGAACUAACGUGCCUUGCCGCCGAGAAAGCCGUCCAAAUCUUGGAACCGGUCUACAACGGAUACGUAAGAACAGUCUCCGGUCUCCUGCCCUCCACCCCGGCCGACGCCGCGUGCGUGGAAGCCGGUAUUCUGCCUUUUCGGCUCGUCUACACCGCAGCUACCGCUACCAAAGCCGCUGCCUUCCUCGCUAAAACGUACACUGAUGGCUCGCUCUCCAGCAGCGGAGUGGGAAUGGGGGUUUCAGGAGAUAGUUUGGUCGUCAGCAAUUCACUUCCGGCCCAGUGCUCGGUGUUUUCCGCUGAGGCAGCGGCCGUCUUUCACGCAACCUCCCUUCCGGGAAAUCGGCCGAUCCUCAUCGUUACCGACUCACAAAGCGCAAUAAUGGCCCUAACCGAUGAAGCACCAAAGCAUCCGUGGAUACAAGGGACGGUAACGCAGGCGCCGCCCAACACCGUAUACAUGUGGGUACCCGGGCACUGUGGCAUCCAGGGGAACGUGAUCGCCGACCACCUCGCCGGCUCAGGCCCCAUCGGACCCAGGUUCUCUGACAAUGUUCCGUUCCAGGACAUCAAAAAAUGGAUCAAGCGGACGGUUCGGAGAGCGUGGGACAACGAGUGGAGGAACAAUCGAACUCACCAACUACGAAAAAUCAAGGCGACCACCGAUUCCUGGAAGGAUCGACCGAGCCUCAAGGAGCAGCAAGUGGUGUCCAGGCUGCGCACCGGGCAUAGCAGGGCCUCCCAUAAUUUCGGAGGAACACCGUUCCGGAGAACCUGCGAAACCUGCGGAGUGCCAGCCUCCGUAGAACACAUCCUCAUCAACUGUGUGGAGCUCGAGGACCUUCGGGUUGCCUUCGGUCUGGAGGGAACCAGCAUACAAAGUCUGCUUGGCGACGAGUCCCCGGCAGCAGACGCCCUCAUCGCCUUCCUGAAGGAGGCGAAUCUUUUUUACAACAUUUGA